UUCAUAAUUCAUUCCCCUCAAAAACAGAGGAAAACUUCAAAUAUAAAUUUCUGUCGCCGUUCAACACCCAAUUCAAAUCCCUCUCAUCCAUUUCAUCAAACAGCUUGCGGGCAUCCCACAUUCACAAUACAGCUCAAGAAUAUUGUUCGAGAUCAAAACCCACAGCUGCAGAAUCCCGCCCCUUUUCUCACUGGUGGCUGGAAAAUGGCAUUCCCGAAAAACUUCAGCUAACGUUCCAUCUUCUAAUUAUACUAUAGAUGGCUAAUUUGAUUCGAACUUUUUCACGCAAAAAGCCAAUUCAGUUCUGCAUCUCGCUUUCGUUUCCCCCUAAACUCCACACAUUAUCGCAGCCCAAACCCAGUGACAACAAUGGGAUCACCUCCAUAAUCGAUUCCUUACACAGAGGCGAAAGCUGGAAAACCCUCUCACAAAAAUUCGGUUCAUUCAAAUUCACAGACACCUUAGUUGCAAACAUUCUGUUGCAGCUCAAGGAACCCAUUGAUUCAAGAAAAGCCUUGAAAUUUUUCCACUGGACAGCGAAAGAAGUGAAUUUGGAGCACGGGCUCUCGAAUUACUGCUUGAUCAUCCACAUUUUGGUGAAAGGAGGGCUAAUCAAGGAUGCUAAAGCAAUGUUUGAGUCAAUUUUGGGGAAACAUUCUUCUGAAGGUAAUUCUCAUAUAUUUCCUGUUCUUGAUUCGUUGAUGGAGAGUUAUGGGAUUGUUGAUUCGGUUCCGUUGGUGUUCGACUUGUUUGUGCAAACAUGUGGUAAGUUGAGAAUCGUUGAUGACAUUCUUGAUGCUUGUGAAUUGCUGUUUGAUAAUGGGUUUGUGUUGAGCGUGAUUAGUUUCAAUACUCUGCUACAUGUUUUGCAAAAACGCGGAAAUGUGGAAUUAGUUUGGGGUGUGUAUGAGCUCAUGAUUAAGAGAAGAAAAUGCCCAAAUGAGAUUACUGUGAGAAUCAUGGUUAGCACAUUGUGUAAAGAGGGGAAAUUGGAGAGAUUUCUAGGUAUUGUAGAUAGAAUGCAGGGGAAGAGGUGUUCGAUUCCUCCUCGAUUAAUCGUGAAUACGUGUUUGGUGUAUGAGAUGAUUGAGGCGGAUAGGGUUGAAGAUGGUUUGGCGGCGUUGAAGCAUAUGUUGCAGAAUAACAUGAUCUUGGAUACCAUAUCAUACUCGUUGGUUGUCUUCGCGAAGGUUAAGAUGGGGAAUUUGGAUGCUGCUCGAGAGAUAUAUGAGGAAAUGCUCAAGAGAGGUUUCGAGGAGAAUGCUUUUGUGUGUAGUUUGUUUGUUGGGGCGUAUUGUGACGAGGGGAGGAUUGAGGAGGCGAUUGGGGCAUUGGAAGAGAUGGAACGGUUGGGGUUCAAGCCUUCGGAGGAGGCGUUGAAUCAGUUGAUCGGAGGUAGUUGUUUAGAUGGAAGGUUGGAAGAGAGCUUCGAAUUUUGCAAACGCAUGAUAAAGAUGGGAUUUGUACCUAGCUUGGCAGCUGUUGAUGCGAUGUUUGGGAAGCUUUGUGCGAAUGGGGAGACGAAGGCGGCUGAUGAGAUGUUGACCGUGUUGUUGGACGGAGGGUUUGCUCCGGAGGAGAAGACGUAUGCUCAUCUUGUUUCGGGUUAUUGUAGGGACGACGACAAGGAGGGGCUUACGAAGGUCUUGUGUGAGAUGGAAUACAGAUCAAUCUCUCCUAAUGAAUCUCUUAGUUCAGCCAUUAUCAGUCUCUGCGAGUGUGGGAGAUUGAAGGAGGCGGAGAAGUAUCUCCGAGUAAUGGAAGCUCACUCACUCAUUCCUAGUCCGAAUGUUUAUGAGGCGUUGAUUCGCCACUAGCUGAUUUCUAGUGAUGCGUAUUCUAGGUUUCAUUCAAUCAGGCUGCGUUUACUUUGAUGGAUAAAUUUAUCCAGGGAAAAAGAUGGAUAACAAAAAUUUAUGCCUUAAAUAUCUCAUUUCUUUUCCAACAUUUGACACAAAAGAGAUGCUCACCAUUUUUUCUUCCUUAUUUUCAUUUCAAGGAUGGAUAAUAUUAUCCAUCCAUUGUUGAGUGGAUAAUAUUAUCCAUUCUUGAAGUGAAGAUAAGGAAGGAAAAAUGAUGAUCAUCUCUUUUGUGUCAAAUGUUGGAAAAGAAAUGAGAGAUUUCAAGGCAUAAAUUUUUGUUAUUCUUCCUUUUCCAUGGAUAUAAAUUUAUUCAUCGAAGUAAACGCAACCUCAAUGAAAAUAUAAUUCAUCUUCUUCUCGAAAGUCGAGGAAAAAUGAGUAGGCACUGCCUCGAAUUUGUGCAACGCUAGGAGCCUACGAGCCCCAUAAAUAUGCAAUGGGGCGAGGAGACAAAGCUUGAAACUUUGUUGAUUUAUGGAGAGAAGCUUGAAACCAAAGCGAGGGGCGAUUAGAGUUUAGUUUGCAUCUGCCUCAGGUGAAAAUAGUAGUUUUUUGCUGCUUAUUUGUCUCAUGUUUUCAAUACAGCGUGUUGUAUACAAGUCUUUGGUUAUUAAAAAGAAAGAAAAAAAAGUUUAUUUGCUGCAAGUUUGUUGCAUGUAAUUGAAGUAGGAUAGUCUUUUUCCCAGAUUUGAGUGACAAUGAAUCAAGUCAAGAUGCUCUUGGUCUUACAUGAACUGACUGUAUUUGGUGUUGAAUUGAAUUUAUAUGAAAUGUAUCUUUAUUUUUUAUUUA